CUUAGAUCUUGUGAAUACAAGAUUAAAUUAUUAUAAUAAGGUCCAAAUUUUAAUACAGAAUACCUAUUUCCAAAUUAAAACAUGCUAUUAUAUUUGUUACUUCUAAGUCUCAAUAUACUAUUUGUUAACAGCAUUGAAAAUUAUUUAGAAGAUGACUGCAAUCAGGACAGUGAAUUGUUAACACAAUUAAUGCAAUACAUUAAUAAGAAUCAAAAUCUUUCACUACAUGUCCUUAGCAUGAGUGAACGUUUAAACAAAUUGGAAUUACAAUUAUUAAAAUAUGAAACUAAAGAAACUACAACAUCGAAUGAACAAAAUUGUGUAGAUGCCAAAGACAGUGCUUGGAUUGUCAUACAAAGACGUAUGGAUGGCAGUGUUGAUUUCUUUCGCACUUGGAAUGAAUACAAAGAAGGUUUCGGCAACAAAAGUGGAGAGUUUUUCAUAGGUCUUGAAACUUUACAUCAACUUACGGACAGUGGCACUCCAUAUGAAUUAUUAAUAACAAUGGAAACAUUUAAGGGAAUUAAACGCCAUGCUAACUAUAGCCACUUUAUAGUGGGUGGUGAACCUGAAUACUAUAAGCUGAAAAAUUUAGGCAGAUAUCAUGGUGAUGCUGGUGACAGUUUAAAUUAUCACUUGCAUCAAUGGUUUUCUACGAAAGAUCGUAAAAAUGAUCAAAAUCCUUAUGAAGAUUGUGCCAAGUCAUAUGAAGGCGGCUGGUGGUAUAAUGAAUGUCAUCUCAGUAAUCUUAAUGGACGUUAUCAUAAAACAGAGAAUACCCAAAAACCGAAUGGAAUUCAUUGGUAUAAAGUCACCGAUUAUACAACAUCUUUAAAAUUUGUUGAAAUGAAAAUUCGACCAAGAAUUUGUUCGAGGUAGUAAGACUAGUUUCAUGUAUUUAAGUAAACUAGAGUUCGCCCAGCGGUCGAUAUUCGACCAGAACCAGAACCAAUGCUGUAAAAAUUGCAUAAAUAAGCUAAAAUAAAACCUUAUUUUUGUAGUUCAAAUCUGUGGUAAAAAAUUAACUUUAUUGAUAUUAUAAAAGUGUAUAAUUUGCUUU